AUGUCUACACUUGACCACUCUUUCCACCCUGUCCGUCGCGAUCCUGUUCCCGAUCCGGUAUGUUACGAGAAGUCCAUCUACCAGAAAGGCCUCAACUACGAGCGGCCUCCCUUCACCUUCCUUUCCAGCAAUUGGGAAAGUCGGGCUUCCGAUGUCUUGUCGGCGACGAGCAAAGGCUAUCUUAUCGGAAAUGCCGGGACUGGCGAGACCGCUAGGAAGAAUACGGAUGCUUUCAAAAAGUGGUCUAUUGUUCCCAAGCGCCUCCUCCAGACUAAGGGCCUGCCGGCCUUGCAAACCACCAUCUUUGGCGAAGAGCUGCAAUUUCCCAUUGCCGCCGCGCCGGUCGGUGUACAGCGCAUCUUCCACCCUGACGGCGAAGAAGCUGCCGCACGCGCUGCUGCCGAGAACAGCAUCCCAUAUAUCCUGAGCACCGCGAGCAGCACGAGCAUUGAAGACGUCGCAAAGGCCAACGGCACCGGCGUACGAUGGUUUCAACUGUACUGGCCCGAUAAUGAGUUCAGCGACAUUACCAUCUCGAUGUUGAACCGCGCUAAGAAGGCCGGCUACACCGCUCUGGUCGUCACCUUGGAUACCUACAUCCUCGGAUGGCGCCCGAGUGAUAUGGACAACGGCUAUAACCCGUUCCUCCGCUCUGACCAGAUCGGCACUGCCAUCGGCCUCACCGACCAGGUCUUCCGCCGCAUGUUCAAGGAGGAGCACGGCGUCGAGUGCGAAGAGAAGCUGUCCGAGGCCGCUGCAACGUGGGCGCGCAUGAUCUUUCCUGGCCAGAGCCACUCUUGGGAAGAUGUCAAAAUUCUACAGGCUCACUGGGACGGCCCGGUCAUCCUCAAGGGAAUCCAGUCCGUCGAGGACGCAAGGAUGGCCGCCCAGAUCGGCGUGCAGGGCAUUGUCGUCAGCAACCACGGCGGCCGGCAGGUCGACGGCGGCGUGAGCUCGCUGGGCGUGCUGCCGAGGAUCGUCGACGCGGUCCGCGCCUGCGGAGGAAAUGACAAGAUCGAGAUCCUCUUCGACUCUGGUGUCCGGUGCGGCGCCGACAUUGCCAAGGCGCUCGCGCUUGGGGCCGACAUGGUUCUCGUCGGCCGGCCGUAUAUCUAUGGUCUGGCGCUAGGUGGGCAGGCUGGAGUGGGCCACAUCUUAAAGUCGCUCCUGGGCGAGCUGGAGCUUACUUUGCAUCUGGCGGGCAUCUCCUCGGUGGAUAAGGAGCAUCUGAACCGCGAUGUGCUCGUCAAAGAGGCCGACUUGUUCUAA